AUGGCUCGUUCCAAACAGAAAGCUCGGAAGUCCACAGGAGGUAAGGCCCAGUGGAUCAAUCCCGAAAUGAUGAGAGCGCAAAACUUCGCUAUAAGAUUGAUAAAACCGUCUAGGCACAGGCCAGGAACCAUGGCACUAAGAGAGAUCAGAAGGUAUCAGAAUAGCACAGUAACAUUGAUCCAGAAACUUCCAUUCCAACGACUGGUGAAAGAAAUAGCCCAAAGUUUGAAGGCGGAGUUCCGGUUCCAGAGCAGCGCUGUUGAUGCUCUCCAAGAAGCAGCUGAAGCUUAUAUGGUUGGGUUCUUCGAGGAUACCAAUUUGUGUGCCAUACAUGCUAAGCGAGUAACCGUCAUACCUAGAGACAUCCAGCUUGCUAAAAGGAUUCGAGGUGAUAAACUUUGA